UCUUUGGGUGGCCUGUGCCCGCUUGGUGCCUGGUGUGACCGCUCUCAAGAUGCCUGAGCCAGGGAAGAAGCCAGCCUCAGCUUUCUGCAAGAAGCCACGGUCUGUGGAGGUGGCUGCCGGCAGCCCUGCCGUGUUCGAGGCCGAGACAGAGCGGGCAGGCGCAAAGGUGCGCUGGCAGCGGGAGGGCAGUGACAUCCGCGCCAGCGACAAGUACGGCCUGACAGCAGACGGCGUGCGGCACACACUGACCGUGCGGGACGUGGGCCCGGCCGACCAAGGGUCCUACGCGGCCAUCGCCGGCUCCUCCAAGGUCAAGUUUGACCUCAGGGUCAUAGAGGCAGAGAAGGCGGAACCCAUGCCAGCCUCCGGGUCCACCCCUGCCGAGGCCUCUGGAGCCCCAGAGGAAGCCCCAGCCCCAGCCACUGCGCCGGAAGGAAGCGUCUCAAGUCCUGAAGGGCCAAGCUCAGCAGCCCCGAACGGCCCUGCCCCUGGGUGCCCUGGAGUCCCCGAAGACCCCAUCGGCCUCUUCGUGAUGCGGCCGCAGGAUGGCGAGGUGACCGUGGGGGGUAGCAUCAUCUUCUCGGCCCGCGUGGCCGGGGCCAGCCUCCUGAAACCACCCGUGGUCAAGUGGUUCAAGGGCAAGUGGGUAGAUCUGAGCAGCAAGGCGGGCCAGCACCUGCAGCUGCGUGACAGCUAUGACCGCGCCAGCAAGGUUUACCUAUUUGAGCUGCACCUCACCGAUGCCCAGUUAGCCUAUGCCGGCGGCUACCGCUGCGAGGUGUCCACCAAGGAUAAAUUUGACAGCUGCAACUUCAACCUCACCGUCCACGAGGCUGUGGGUCCCGGAGACCUGGACCUCAGAUCAGCUUUCCGCCGCACGAGCCUGGCUGGAGGCGGUCGGCGGACCAGUGAUGGUCACGAGGAUGCUGGACUUCUGGACUUCAGCUCACUGCUGAAAAAGAGCAGCAGUUUCCGGGUCCCGCGGGACUCAAAGCUGGAGGCGCCGGCGGAGGAGGACGUGUGGGAGAUCCUGCGGCAGGCGCCCCCGUCCGAGUACGAGCGCAUCGCCUUCCAGCACGGCGUCACCGACCUGCGCGGCAUGCUUAAGAGGCUCAAAGGCAUAAAGCGCGACGAGAAGAAGAGCACAGCCUUUCAGAAGAAGCUGGAGCCGGCCUACCAGGUGGGCAAGGGCCACAAGAUCCGGCUGACGGUGGAGCUGGCCGACCCCGACGCCGAGGUCAAGUGGCUCAAGAACGGACAGGAGAUUCAGAUGAGCGGCAGCAAGUACAUCUUUGAGUCUGUGGGCACGAAGCGCACCCUGACCAUCAGCCAGUGCUCGCUGGCCGACGAUGCGGCCUACCAGUGCGUGGUGGGCGGUGAGAAGUGCAGCACGGAGCUCUUCGUCAAAGAGCCCCCGGUGCUGAUCACGCGGCCCUUGGAGGACCAGCAGGUGAUGGUGGGACAGAGGGUGGAGUUUGAGUGUGAAGUGUCCGAGGAGGGGGCCCAGGUCAGAUGGCUGAAGGAUGGGGUGGAGCUGACCCGGGAGGAGACCUUCAAGUACCGGUUCAAGAAGGAUGGACGGAGACACCACCUGAUCGUCAAUGAGGCGACCCUGGAGGACGCGGGCCACUACGCGCUGCGCACCAGCGGGGGCCAGGCGCUGGCGGAGCUCAUUGUGCAGGACAAAAAGCUGGAGGUGUACCAGAGCAUUGCUGACCUGACAGUGGGUGCCAAGGAGCAGGCCGUGUUCAAGUGCGAGGUCUCGGAUGAGAACGUGCGGGGUGUGUGGCUGAAAAACGGAAAGGAACUGGUGCCCGACAGCCGCAUAAAGGUGUCCCACAUCGGGCGGGUCCACAAGCUGACCAUUGACGACGUCACGCCUGCCGACGAGGCUGACUACAGCUUUGUGCCCGAAGGCUUCGCCUGCAACCUGUCCGCCAAGCUCCACUUCAUGGAGGUCAAGAUCGACUUUGUACCCAGGCAGGAACCUCCCAAGAUCCACCUGGACUGUCCAGGCCGCACGCCAGAUACCAUCGUGGUUGUGGCUGGGAAUAAACUGCGCCUGGACGUCCCUAUCUCUGGGGACCCUGCUCCCACUGUGAUCUGGCAGAAGAUCAUCACACAGGGGAAUAGGGCCCCGGCCGGGCCAGCCCCCGGUGCCCCAGAGGACGCAAGUGCCAGCGACGAGUGGGUGUUUGACAAGAAGCUGCUGUGUGAGACCGAGGGCCGGGUCCGCGUGGAGACCACCAAGGACCGCAGCAUCUUCACGGUCGAGGGGGCAGAGAAGGAAGAUGAGGGCGUCUACACCGUCACGGUGAAGAACCCUAUAGGCGAGGACCAGGUCAACCUCACCGUCAAGGUCAUCGGCUACAUCCUGGAGCGCAAGAAGAAGAAGAGCUUCCGCUGGAUGCGGCUGAACUUCGAGCUGCUGCGGGAGCUGAGCCUGCAGGCGCGGCGCAUGAUCGAGGGCGUGGUCUACGAGAUGCGCGUCUACGCGGUCAACGCCGUCGGCCUGUCCAGGCCCAGCCCGGCCUCUCAGCCCUUCACGCCGAUCGGUCCCCCCAGCGAACCCACUCACCUGGCAGUGGAGGAUGUCUCUGACACCACCGUCUCCCUCAAGUGGCGGCCCCCGGAGCGCGUGGGAGCGGGAGGCCUGGACGGCUACAGCGUGGAAUACUGCCGGGAGGGCUGCUCGGAGUGGGUGGCUGCCCUGCAGGGGCUGACAGAGCGCACGUCGCUGCUGGUAAAGGACCUGCCCACAGGGGCCCGGCUGCUCUUCCGAGUGCGGGCACACAACGUGGCGGGGCCGGGAGCCCCCGUCACCACCGAGGAGCCCGUGACGGUGCAGGAGAUACUGCAACGGCCACGGUUCCAGCUGCCCAGGCACCUGCGCCAGACCAUCCAGAGGAAGGUCGGGGAGCCCGUGAACCUCCUCAUUCCCUUCCAGGGCAAGCCCCGGCCUCAGGUGACCUGGACCAAAGAGGGGCAGCCGCUGGCGGGUGAGGAGGUGAGCCUUCGCAACAGCCCCACAGACACCAUCCUGUUCAUCCGAGCCGCACGCCGCACCCACUCAGGCACCUACCAGGUGACGGUGCGUGUUGAGAACCUGGAGGACAAGGCCACGCUGGUCCUGCAGAUCGUCGACAAGCCAAGCCCUCCCCAGGAUAUCCGGGUCACUGAGGCUUGGGGGCUUAACGUGGCUCUGGAGUGGAAGCCGCCCCAAGACGAUGGCAACACAGAGAUCUGGGGUUACACGGUGCAGAAAGCUGACAAGAAGACCAUGGAGUGGUUCACUGUCUUGGAGCAUUACCGCCGCACCCACUGCGUGGUGCCAGAGCUUAUCAUCGGCAAUGGCUAUUACUUCCGUGUCUUCUGCCAUAACAUGGUUGGUCCCAGUGACAGAGCCGCCACCACCAAGGAGCCUGUCUUUAUCCCCAGACCAGGCCUCACGUACGAGCCACCCACCUACAAGGCCCUGGACUUCUCCGAGGCCCCAAGCUUCACCCAGCCCCUGGUGAACCGCUCCGUCAUCGCGGGCUACAAUACUGUUCUCUGCUGCUCUGUCCGGGGUAGCCCCAAGCCCAAGAUUUCCUGGUUCAAGAAUGGCUUGGACCUGGGAGAAGACGCCCGCUUCCGCACGUUCAGCAAGCAGGGCGUCUUAACCCUGGAGAUCAGGAAGCCCUGCCCCUUUGACGGGGGUGUCUAUGUCUGUAGAGCCACCAACGUACAGGGCGAGGCGCGGUGUGAGUGCCGCCUAGAGGUGCGAGUGCCUCAGUGACCAGGCAGGCUCCCCAGGGCUGGCCAGGCACAACCGGACGCCAGCCCUAUGUGCCAGGAGCCUAGAGGGAAGCUGGAGACCCUUCCUGCUGCUGGGUGUGUGUGUGCAAGUGUGUCUCCUGGGUGGGGGUGGGGGAACCAGCAGGGCGGCAGUUCUGAGGGGCAGGCCUGCGUGGGCCUUGCAGAUUGGUCCUCGGCUCCUGGAGGAAACUCCUGGAUCUUUGGGGCAAAAGGAGAGUGGGCUCAGGAAAUGGUGUCUGGGGACAGGCCCCUCUGGCCUGCCAGGUCUUCCCAGCGCCCAGGGGCAAUAAAAGAUCAGUCACUGUCACAGAC